CGUAAGCUGUAAGUGGCCCUUAUAAACCCAACAACAAGCACCUGAGUAAACUGCCCGUAUCAUAAAAAAAAUCGUGAAAAUAAUCUUACGAAAUUUUAUCGUUAAAAAAGUCUGCUAAGGCACAGCUGGAGCACUAUUAAUGCCAAUCACAGUGAUAUGUUAUUGGGAACAGCUCAGGAAUAAUUAAACUACUGAUACAGCUACGGCAAAAAACAAUUUCAUAAUGGUGUACUUACAUUUUCCAAGUAAUCUUACCGAGGAAGAACAGAUGCUACAAGCUAAAUAUCAAAAGUUACGAAGAAAGAAAAAAGCAUUGCAUGCUCUGAAAGCACCAAAGCAAGAACCCGAGCCACUUGUUCCACUGAAGCGACCAAUGGAGGCAAAGGAUGCAAAAGAAAUGGCAAAGAAACUAAUAAAAUCUGGAGCUAUUAAAGUACCUGAAAGACCACAGGCAGCUACUGAGAAGACCACUUUUAAACGAUCAAUGGGACUGGAACGAAAGUUAUCAGCAGCUGAUAAAGCUCCAUCUGGGUACCAGCCAUUCUCUACUACACAUCCAGAAGAGGAAAUUCAUGAAUCUAGAGUGAAGGUUAAGCAAAACCUGUAUGAAAGCUUUGUGUCAGCUCGAGACCGAGAGGAACGUGGAGAGUUUACACGUGAUGGCAGAGGAGCAGAUGGCAAACCUCGGCAGGGACAUACCAUAUAUGUCUUUGGGUACAAUAUAUCAGAAGAAGUCCUGAAGAAAGCUUUUUCGACUUUUGGAAAUAUUGUUAAUGUUAAUAUGGAGAUAGAUAAGAAUUGUGGCUUUGUUACAUUUGAUAAAGUGGAAUCUGCAGAAAAGGCAAUUGCUGAUAUGAACGGCAGUAUGGUGUCUGGUAUUCAGCUGAAAGUUUCACUUGCUCGACGCCAACCAGUUAUAGAUCCCAUUAAUGAUGCAUCUUCAUCAGCAACAUGGUCAACUAUUGGUAAGUGA